UUUGGAGCCGCCGUGCAUGUUCUGACCAGCUUAGAUGAUCCCGAAUUCCCCACCCACAAAGCCAACCAUCGGCAAUACCUCGCGGACCAGUCGCGCUUCAAAGAGGUCGUUCCGAUCAAAGAUCCCCUUAUCCGCCGGAAAAUCCGUUACACGUGGCGCCUGCAGUAUCUGAAGGAUGUGGUCCUGGCGCGCAUAUUGGACGACCCGACCUUCUCCGUCCUCAACUCCCUCAUCUUCUUCAACCAGGUCGAGAUCGUGAAUCAUAUCCAGUCCAACGGCCAGUUUUUGAGAGAACUGUUCUCCGUCUUCGGCCCCCGCGCCCCCGAUGCAAAACGCAAGGAGGAUGCCGUGCAGUUCCUCCACCAGUGUGCCGGUAUCGCGAAGAACCUGCAGGCCCCCGCGCGGGCCAACCUGUUCGCCAACUUCAUCACCAACGGCCUGUUCGCGGUCAUCGCCUUCGCCAUCAAGCACCCGAACCCGUCGCUGCGGACGACCGGCAUCGACAUCCUCGUGGCGCUCCUCGACCACGACCCGAUCAUGAUGCGCGGCUACAUGCUGCGGGCCGCCAGUGAGAAGAGGACCCCCCUGACCGAUACGCUCAUCGAUCUGCUCCAUGUCGAGUCGGACUUGGGGGUGAAGAACCAACUGGCGGAUGCCGUCAAGGUCCUGCUGGACCCCCAGAUCCCGAUGCAGGAUCCGAUGGGUCGCAUGGGACCGGACCAGUAUGCCAAACGGCCCGGCAUCCUCCCCGAGGCGGCGGUUCAGGCCCAUUUCGAGGAAUCCGCCAAGCGGCUCUUCAUGCCACUGAAGCGCCUCGAAAACCGUGCCACCCUGAACGAUCUGACCUUCCAAGAAGUCGCCCUGCAUUCGCACCUUGUCGACAUCCUCACCUUCUUCGUCCGCCAACACCUCUACCGUAGCCGUAGUGUCAUCCAUAACGAAGCGCUGGCUCCUCGUGUGGCUAGGCUCCUCACCGUCCCCCAGAAACAUCUGAAACUGACCGCCUUGAAAUUCUUCCGCUGCCUGAUCAGCCUCCAGGACACGUUCUACCAGGCGCUGAUGACGCACAACAAUACGUUUGGCUUGAUCCUGGACAUCGUCUACGAAACGAUGCCCCGCGACAAUCUCCUCAACUCGGCUUGCCUGGAGCUGUUCGAAUGCAUCAAGCGGGAAAAUAUCAAACCGUUUGUCCUGCACGUUGUGGAGAAAUACGGCGAGAAGCUGAAGAAUAUCACCUACGUGGAUACUUUCCAGAGCUUGAUCCUUCGCUACGAGCAGAUGCAGGGCUACGGGGCAGAGGGGGACUCCGCCAUCCUCUCCUCGCAGGAGGAUAUGACGCCGACUCGUGGGAUACCGGCCAACGGGCAACGCUGGCAGGGGGCCCGGGAGAUGGAUUCCGCGGAGGAAGAGUACUUUAACACAUCUGAUGACGAGGAUGAGUGGCCACAGGGCCAAGGGCCUAAUGCAACAACGGGCGCCCAGACGUCCAACGGCGUGGUCUCACCGGUGGUCAAGCCGCUGGUGGAUUACCCCGAUGAUGACGAUGACGACGCGAUGGACACGAACCCGGAAGCCGAGGCGGAGCAAAAGUCGGCACAACAAUCAUCCCGAGAGACCGACCUGCCAUCCCACGAUCCGGCCACCGACUCCCCCGAAUCACCCUCGACACCGGGAUCCCAAGUCGUGCAGACCCCGCCGGAACGACUGUCGGAGAAGCGACGACGGGAAGAGGAGGACGAUGACGAGCUCGUCAAGUUGACUUCGGGCCCCAAACGCAGAAGCUCGACAAACGCUGGACCUGGGAGUGCGGGACUUCUCCGGAGACAGCGGACAAUCUCGUUUGGGUCUGCGCCUGGUGGCAGCGAGAAGGCGGCGGCCGCUCAGGGUGCAUCAGGCGGCGGCAGCGGUGGAGGUGUCAGCGCAGCACCGAAGCGGAUUGCGAUCAAUCUCGGUUCGGCCAACAAACCGGCGCCGUCAGACACGAGCCCUACGACCCAAACAUCCAGCGAGAAGGAGAACCAGGGCCAAGAAGCCAAUCGCGAACGUGAAUGA